AUGACUUCCUUCUGGCGGUCGAAGCCUGACCCAUUGGGCAAUCAUCGGUCCACAGAGACCCUGCCCGAGUCUUGUGAUGUUGUCAUCAUUGGCGCGGGCUACGCCGGCGCAUCGACGGCUUACCAUUGCUUGGACCGCGCCACGGGCUUGAAGCCAUGCAUUGUCAUUCUCGAAGCACGGCAGGCGUGCUCGAGGGCUACGGGACGCAAUGGUAAGGGGAGCGGCCAUCUCAAACCUGACGUAUAUAGCCGGGUUGGCAACCUGGCCAACGAGUAUGGAUUCGAUGCAGCAGCCGAAGUGGCAACCUUCGAGAUGGAACAUGAGAAGAUUGACUGUGAUAUGGAAUUGAACCGUGUCUGCGAUGUGCACUUUGACCCGGCGCAGCUUGCCAAGGUUAAGGCGGGAUAUGAGGCCUUUGUUGCGAAGGGCGUGAAUGCGGUGAAGCAUCUGGAGUUCACGGGGUUUGAGUCUGCUGAAGCUACGAACACCCCUGUGCGGCACAUCUCUGAAGUACCGGAUGUCGAUGGACGGUGGACAGUAACAACCGACCGAGGCUCGAUUCACACUAAGACGGUCAUAUUCGCCACCAAUGCAUACACCGCUGCUCUUGCACCGCAGUAUAAGGAUAAGAUCGUCCCGGUACGAGGGUUCUGCAGUCGAAUCGUGGUUCCCAACCCGCCUACUGUUCCCAUGGAACGCUCGUAUACUCUGCGCUUCAAUGCCUGGGAUUACGACUACUUAAUCCCGCGGCUCGACCGUAGUAUCAUUGUUGGUGGUACAAAGUCCACGUUCUACAAGCAGGACAUUUCUAGUUGGUAUCAGAACACAGACGAGGGCCGGGUCCUCAAAGCCGCCGCGCGGUACUUUGACAACUACAUGCAGCGCAAUUUCCAUGGCUGGGAGAAUACUGGGGCGUAUACCGAUCGCGUGUGGUCAGGGGUUAAGUGUCACAACAGUUGUCUGAUGGGCUACAGCAGUGAUGCUUUGCCCCAUGUUGAGCAUGUGCCGGAUAAACCCGGUCAGCUGGUGAUUGCCGGGUUCAGUAGCCAUGGCAUGCCGCAAAUCUUCCUGUCUGCGCUGGGCAUCGCACGUAUGGCUGUCCAUGGAAUUACUUAUGAGGAAUGUGGCGUUCCACGUUUGUUCAAGACAACCCCGGAACGGUUGGGGAGUCGUUGGGAUGAUAUUCUCGCGUAUCGGUUCGCGGACAAAUAUGUCGAGUAUGACUUUGUCGUGCUCUUCAUUGAUCUUGUCUUGAUCAAACCACAGGUCUAUCGCCAUCUCCUCUUCAACCGACUGGGAGGCUAUGAUAACCAAUUCGAUCGCUCCAUAAUCCGCUUCGGUAUCCUCCUGCUCCUAUUCGACGUCUAUCUCACCUGGGCGCGAAUCGAAAAGUCGCCCUCCAUAGUCAAUACCUUCCUCUGGCGCGCCCCGGUCGUCGUGCAAUACCUAUUCUUCCUCAGUCUGAACGCGCUUGCGACUCUCGCUCAUCAUCUCACCAUCCGUCUGCUUGCCUCGAUCCUCGCUCCAACACGCCGGGGCUACGCCGCACCCACCCAGAAGAACAAUGCAGCGACGAGCGCAGGAGCAGAGCCAUUCCAUCCAUCCACCCCGGUACUACCGUCCUUCCCGAGCUCCCAACUCUCCCCAACAACCACACCGACACCCGCAACAACCCUAAGCCCUCCCAAACUCAUCCCACAGGGCUCCUCCUCUUCACUUAACGAAGCAGCAACAACAAGCUCCAGCACGACGGGCACAGAAUCCCAAACCCAAACCUCAGCCGCCCACUCCCCGCCUCCUCCGCCGCCGCUCCGGCGCUCCUCCACCACCCCGACGCAGAACAUGACGAUGAACAUCCCCAUGGGAAUGAACAUCAAGCCACUUCCCCCGCCCUCCCCGGCCAGCCCCACAGCCAUCAGCACCGCUUUGCUCGUCAGCAGCUGCGCGAAACUAUUCCCCAUCCUGCUCGUAAUCUGGGUCCCGGACGGCAGCGGCAACGCCUUCACGACGACCACCGCCUCGCAUCCAAGCAUCAACCAGAUCGGCAGCAGCAACGCCCACGCCGGCCCUCAAACCCUGCUCCAAGACAGCGUCCUGACGCCUGCCGCAACGCUCACAGCCGCCAUCGCCGCCGCAACGCAGACCGCUUCCUCCGCCUCAUCCUCGUCAUCGCUUUCGUCUUCCCUCCUGGAGAGUAUCAUCCGCGCGAUGCCGGAGUCCGUCCCCACGAGUUAUCUGGCCGGGACCCUGGAGCUGAUGGGCUCACUCGUGUCGCUGGGCGCAGCAGAUACGCAUCUCGUGCUGCUGAGCAACAUCGAGGCGCUGUAUAUCUUGCUCGGGUGCGGGUAUCUGAGGGCCGUGGCGCUGGCGGUGGCGGGCCUGGUGGCGCGGUGGUCGGUGCAGAGGGUUAUUUUGGGGUUGGUGGGGGUGGGCUAA